CGGAAGAGGAAGCGAGACAUCCCACUCGCUGUUUUAUUUCUGGUUCACAUACAAGUCGAUAAACAAAGCAGACCAGACCCAAUUUCCAUCGCAUUGGUUUCUAUGGGAGAGCCACCGUCAAGUAGACCGGAACUGACCAUGUUUUAAACGGCCUGAACAAAGAGAGAGGAAGAGGCGUCCAUAUGGCGCCAAACAAGAAGGGCGGUGAGAAAAAGAAGGGGCGUUCUGCCAUCAACGAGGUUGUGACCAGGGAGUACACCGUCAACAUCCACAAGCGCAUACAUGGCGUGUCCUUCAAGAGGAGGGCACCUCGUGCUCUCAAGGAGAUCCGCAAGUUCGCCAUGAAGGAGAUGGGAACCCCUGAUGUACGCAUCGACACUCGCCUGAACAAGGCUGUAUGGACCAAGGGUGUGAGGAAUGUCCCAUACCGUAUGCGCGUGCGCCUGUCAAGGAAACGCAAUGAAGACGAGGACUCUCCCAACAAACUGUACACCCUCGUCACAUACGUUCCUGUCACAACAUACAAAGGUCUGCAGACGGUCAAUGUGGAUGAGAACUAAUUAUUCACUGGUGUUGAAAUAAAUGUAUAAAAGAAA